GUGCAGUGCCACACCCCUGUCCCUGACCCGAGGCCAGGGACCCCUCUCUAGAACUGCUGAGGUGGAGUGACAGAUGUGUGGCUUCAAAUAGUGUCAAUGGCCGGGCAGGGUAAUGCAUGACUGUAACCCAGGACAGUACUUGGGAGGCUGAGGCAGGAGGAUCCCAAGUUUGAGCCUAGUCAGGGCAAGUUAGUGAGACCCUGUCCCAAAAUAAAAUCAAAAGGACUCAGUUGUAGAGCACGUACCUAGCAUGCACAAGCCCCUGGAUUUAAUCCACAGUAUUGUAAAACAAACCCCUUUCAUUAUUUUUACUGGUAAAAUACUUGAACAUAAAGCUUACCGCCUUAGCAUUUUUCAGUGUCUGGAUCGUGGCCAUAAACGCAUUCCCAUUGUUGUCAGUUGUCCCCACCCUCAGGCUUAGGACUUUGCCAUCCUCCCAGGCCCUGUGCCCUCACCUUAGGGACUUAAGGCACUCGGGCAGGUGGGGGCCCUGGGUCUGGGGUGGCGCCUGUGUCUGGAGGCUUCUGUGAAGGAAGAGGAUGCCUCUGCCUGGGGCUGCACAGCAGAUGUGGGCAAGGAGCGGGGACAGCAGGGUCUGGGGCCCUGGAUUGGGGAGCCAUGCCAGGAGCCUUCCUGGCAGCUUGAGCCCUGGCCCUGCAUGGUUCCCUGAAGUUUCAUCCUCCAGCUGUGAGCAAGGUCUGGGUGAGGCCCUGUCUGUAGGCGCCCUGGCCUCUGUCUGUUUUUAAUCCCAACAAAACCCGUAAGUGCAGGGGCCGCCGCCAGGUGGCAGCAAGGUGGAGGACUGAAACAGGGUCUCAAGGCUCCAGAGGGCCCGGGCUCUGCGGGGACCUGCGGAGCCCAUCCUGUUGUGCCCUCCAGUCAGCGGAGGAGUAGGAGCAGAGAGGUCACGUGACGCACCUGGGCACCCAGCCGUGACACAGGGCACCUCCGCCAGGAUGGGCAGUGGUCUGGCCAGGGACGGGGCCUGGCAGGCACAGGUGGGGGAGGGUGCCUGCAGAUCUCAGAUGCUUCCCAGUGGAAGAUGUUGUCUGGAGGCUGGCAGAGGGGCUGCUGUAGAAUCUUCCAGAUCAGAACGUUAAACAGGGUCCUGAGUCAGUCUCCUCGGCAUGGCUGAGCCAUUGGGAAACCAGCACCCUCUGUGGCUGGGAAGUGGGCAUGGUGCCGGCCUCCGAGGCCCUGUCGCGGCUCACAUCCCUCCUCCUGGCCACGGGCAGAGGUGGUGCUGAGGAGGAAAGCCACCAAGCUGCCAGCUGGUACUGCUGCCAGCACUUUCUCUGCCCCAGUGGUCACUGCAGGUGGGAAGACAGGAAGUGAGUGCCUCAGCGGCUGCUCCUGGCCUGUGCUCAGUGACGUCCAGAGCACAGGGCCCGCUGCCUCCUUCACAGGGGAGGAUCCCAGGCCGAGCCGGCGGCCACCAGCCCGCGUCUCACAGCCUGGCCUGGUCAGUGUUCCCAGCCCGAAACAGUCUGAAUGUUUACGGGACUAUAAAGUGAAGGUCCUGGAUGCUGGUAGGUUUUGAAAGGAGGAGUCAUGGAAGUCCAGCCAGGCCAGAAGCUGUGCUCUGCUCCGGAGGGCCGGCCCUGGCUUCAGGAGGACAUGGCUGCGCACGUGGGCGCCUCCCGGACCCCGCAGGAGGUGAUGGAGCACUAUGUGAGCAUGUACAUCCACGGGAACCUGGGCAAGGCCUGCAUCCCCGACACCAUCCCCAACCGUGUCACCGACCACACGUGCCCCGGCGGGGGCCCCCUGUCACCCAGCCUCACCACUCCGCUGCCCCCGCUGGACAUCUCGGCAGCCGAGCAGCAGCAGCUGGGCUACAUGCCGCUGCGGGACGACUACGAGAUCGAGUACGACCAGGACGCCGAGACGCUCAUCAGCGGGCUCUCGGUGAACUACGACGACGACGACGUGGAGAUCGAGCUGAAGCGCGCGCACGUGGACAUGUACGUGCGCAAGCUCAAGGAGCGGCAGCGCCGCAAGAACAUCGCCCGCGACUACAACCUGGUGCCCGCCUUCCUGGGCAAGGACAAGAAGGAGAAGGAGAAGGCGCCCAAGCGCAAGGUCACCAAGGAGGAGAAGGAGCUGCGGCUGAAGCUCCGGCCGCUGUACCAGUUCAUGUCGUGCAAGGAGUUCGACGACCUGUUUGAGAACAUGCACAAGGAGAAGAUGCUGCGCGCCAAGAUCCGCGAGCUGCAGCGCUACCGGCGCAACGGCAUCACCAAGAUGGAGGAGUCCGCCGAGUACGAGGCCGCGCGGCACAAGCGCGAGCGGCGCAAGGAGAACAAGAGCCUGGCGGGCUCGAAGAGGGGCAAGGAGGACGGCAAGGACGGUGAGUUCGCGGCCAUCGAGAACCUGCCCGGCUUUGAGCUCCUGUCGGACCGCGAGAAGGUGCUGUGCAGCUCGCUGAACCUGAGCCCGGCGCGCUACUUGACCGUCAAGACCAUCAUCAUCAAGGACCACCUGCAGAAGCGGCAGGGGAUCCCCUCCAAAAGCCGCCUUCCCAGCUACCUGGACAAAGUCCUGAAGAAGCGGAUCCUCACCUUCCUCACCGAGAGCGGCUGGAUAUCCAGGGACGCGUCCUGAGGCCGCCCGCCCGCAGCUGUGAGCCAGACGCCUUGGGGAGGGUGCUCCCCGGUGUUGCUCUUUUUUAAAGAAAUUGAAUUCCUUUUUUAAGGUGUGAAGUCUUCUCCUGGUCCUCUGAAGAAGCAGUCGUAGCAGUCUUACAGGGGUCUGGGGAGACGGGGCUGGAGGAUGUGACGAGGUCAGAUGGUGUCCUCGUGUCCCGUGAGCCCUCUUCCCUUCCGUGAGGGUGCCAGGAGCACUGUUUCCUGCCGGGCCAGCAAGCCGUUGCUUCUCCCUGGUGGCGCGAGCUCUUCUCAGGUGGGGCUGCUGCUGGCGCCCUUUGCUGAGCCCACUGCUGCCUGGGCACGUGGCACUUUACAGGAGGCGGCCAGGCGGGUGCUGUGCCCACAGCAGCCGCUGCUGCCGGGACGUCUCCUACACACA